CGGCGGAGUUGCUGGGGGUCGGAUGAUAGAAACAAUGAAGUUAUUCGGCUCAAGCUCCAAGUCUAGCGCGCGCACUUAUGGCAUACCGGUGCUUCGUCAGGAUCAGGGUGAACCAUCCUAGGUUUGUCGGGUCUGCUCACGAAUGCAUAUAUCUUCACCAAUAAUUGCUUGACACUUAUUUCCUCUGACCGUCCAACUUGGCAGUGGGACAGUCUCGGACUUUCGUCUGCCAUUUUUCUAUCUCUGUUCAACGUUAGUCGCUCAUUUACUUGGCGUUGCCAGUGCCUGCUUGCGCUAGUAAUGUCCCCCUCCACCGAUCCUGUUGCACGCAACAUUGCCAUAAUAACAACGAUAUUAAUCGCGCUCAUGGUCCUCGAGUACAUCUAUAGCUUUAAGGAUGAAAUAAGGCUGGUCUGGCCGCGGUUUCGGAAGUCCAUCGAAGCCAAAAUCUUUGUAAUGACAAGGUAUGCCGGCUUGGCUGGCCAAAGUUUCAACAUCUGGUUUGCAUUUAGGAUAGCCUCGGGGGUUCCCAACAGUCCGUUCGCUUGCAAAGUAUGGACUUCGUACCAGAUAGCGACGAUCCAAUGUCUGCUGCUUUCAGUGGAGUCAUUACUCAUGCUGCGAGUGUACAAAAUGUACAACAAAGGCAAAUAUAUCUCUGUACUCUUGUUCAUCCUCGUUAGUGCGCAGUCUACCACCAUGGCAGUCAAUGCUCGAUGGAUUAUAACUGAGACUCGCUAUUCCCCUACUUGUGUCCCUCAUUAUCACAGUCGGACCUAUGUCGGCGUCUCAAUCAUUACAACUUUUGUGUUCAUCGUUGUAGCAAUGCUAUGGCGAUUCCUCAAAAGCCCAUCCGGCUGGUCGGAAGUUCCGCGUGCUUGGCUCAAGCUUGCGGUCCGCGACGGUGGCUGCACGGCCAUUGCGAUAACAGUGAUCCUCAUCUUUAUGUUUCUCUGCACCACGGGCGUCAUCGACACACAGAUGAGCGGAAACAUUGUCUUUUACGUACUGCUUUCCUGCCUUUGGUUUGCUGCUGGACGUAUAGUCCUUCACCAAGAGAAAUUCCGUAUAAUCCAAGAAUCCCAGAAGAAGGGUGGCGUCAAUGAUCCAAGUCGGUGGACUGAGAUGAUCGAGGUGAACUUAGAUGACAUUAGUCCUUUUGAUGACCCCGAUGUAUGUCCGACAAGUCCCUCCGGCUCGGAGGUCGAGUCGACCAAAGUCUCCACCCUUUCGACUCUGUCAGCCGCAGGAAUGAAGGAUAUCGCUGACGAACACCUUUGAGAGCGGGAGGAGACGGUCGAGCUGCGCACCUACAUCCAUGCUCAUCGAAAGAUGGAUCAGUGGUGAGGGAUCGGACUCUACGAAUUAAAGUAAAUGCAUUCGUUUUAUGAUACGAUCAUGAGUUCUAUGGUACAUGAUAUGUUACUAAUAGUUUCACAUUGUCAGGCAUAUGGCAGUGCCACCUUUGGACUGAGAUGCACAGAUAGUCAC